CGCGGCAAACAGCUGAUCGGAGGCCGGUGGCUGCCUGGCAGUAGCUGGGAAGUACUUGGAGCUACUCGACUGGGAGGGAUGACUGGACCCUAGCUUCCUGGAAGACAUCCAUGAUAAAGUGUUAUUAUUGUUAUAUUGUAUAAGAACGACAUAUAAGACGCAGACCUGCACAGGAGGGGUUAAAAAAAACUACUCGCUUGUUUCUCUAUAGUAAUCGCGCGUAAUACUUUUUUAAAGCAUGUUGAAAUUUUGCUACCUGACACAACGGGCAAUCACAAGAACCCCCAGCACUAUAGCAAACGGAGCGAGAACUUUACCUGUGUUAGAAAAUAUAGUGACAGUGUCCUGUCCAAAUUAUGGUUGUGUAAACCAUCAUGUAAGUAGCUCAGUGGCCGAGCCUCUGCCAUCCAGAUUUACGGGGAAGAUGGUCCGGAGGUUACUUAAAGGUUUUCCCCCAGCUGAGACAAGAGGACCUUACACAGGCAUCCAUACAAAUGGUGAUAAAGGACUAAUUGAUGAUGGAAGUGAUCGAAUUACAUUUGUGGAUGAGAAAAUAGAAUUCUUCCACUUCCAUCCCACAUGCCAGGCGGAGACAAUAACCAGUGUGUCCUCCAGCUUUACAGUGGUACCAAACAUGAUAACUGAAGCAGAGGAAGAAAUGCUCAUGAAGGAAGUGGAACCUCACCUCAAGAGGCUGAAGUAUGAAUUUGAUCACUGGGAUGAUGCCAUUCAUGGAUUUCGUGAGAUAGAAAGGUCAAGGUGGAGUCAACAGGUCUCUUCCAUUCUGGGCAGAAUACGUACAACUGCAUUUCCUGACUCCUGCCAACAGCUUCCUCAAACACAUGUGCUUGACUUGGCCAAGUCUGGAGUCAUUAAGCCACACGUGGACAGCGUGAGGUUUUGUGGCAACAUCAUCUCUGGUUUAUGUCUACUGAGUGAUGCUGUGAUGAGACUGAGGCAUGUGGAGUUAAAGGAUCAAGUUGUAGAUGUGCUGGUAAAAAGAAGAUCUCUCUAUAUAAUGAGGGAUGAGGCACGCUACAACUUCACUCAUGAAAUUUUAGGUGAAGAAGAGUCCUUCUUCUGUGGUGAGGCAGUAGAGAGAGGAAGACGAGUGUCUGUGAUAAGCCGUAACCAGCCCACAGAAGAGUCACCUGUUGAUAGUGCCACCCAAUCUUAGGUUGAAGUGGUGUGGCUUUUAAUAAACAUCAUUGUUGUUAAUCUAAUGUGUGUUGAAAUGAGAAAAUUUGCAGUUGUACCUGACUCUACUUAAAUACAUUUGAUGAGGAUGCCUGAUGUAA